AUGGUGCGGCAGUAUCGUCCUGGCCUCGGUACCGCGCCUGCGAUUCUCGUGCGAUCGGCCGGCGUGAUCACCGGACCGAGCAUCGCAUCGACUCCCAACCUGGGUGCACGUGACCUGACCACGUCGCCGUCCACUACGUCGGCAGCCAAGGCGGCAACGAGCGGCGAGGAAGCGAUCGGCCUGACCGACGCCACCACGAUCAAUCCGUCCGGCGGUCCGCUCAGCGGCAACCCACCGCCUCGCCGGUGGUCCGGAACGACCGGCCACGCCGCCAAGGCAUCUUCGACGGCC